AUGUCUAAGGUGUGCUUAAAGAUUAUCGUUUUCUUCAUAUUGGGAUGCAUCUUUGUAUUUUACGUUCACGAUGGGACAGAAAAGUACUUGAAAAAAGCUACCUCCCUGGCGAAUACCAUUGAAAAGGCGGAGCGACUCAAAUUGCCACACAUCACGUUUUGUCCCGGAAUUAAGAGGGACAAAUUGGAAGUUGGAAUGAAAUCAACAAUCAACCAUGAAACUUUCUUCACAUACUUCGAUUAUUCGGAAAAAAAUGUGACAACCGAGGCGGAAAUUCAAGACUGGUGGGACCAUAUUAAUUUUCAAUUCGAAGAAAUUUUCAUCAGCUUGGACUUUAUCUCCCAUUCAACCUUCAACGCCCGUGUUCACACGUCCAAAGAAGAUCUACAAGAUGCCAAUUCGAAUGUGGCUCUUGUGGAAAUGACCUCAAGUUUUGGUCGUUGCUUCUCUUUCGAAGUUCUUAAACACACCACAAACAUGGAAUCUAUCCGUUUCGACUUGAAUUUUACGAACUUGGACCAUAUGUGGAUAUAUUUCCACAACAAAAAUGAAGAGUUGGGACUCUUAAUGAACCAUUGGUUCACGGACGUUCAAAUCCAAAAAGUGAGCAGGAACAAAAUUUACGAUUUCCCCACGACAAAGCGCCGCACCACGUUUAUGAAAAGUGACAGCUUUCGCUGUCAGGAGAGGAAUAACAUUUCAUCUCAUUCGCAAUGCGUGUUCCAACAAACUCAACGAAAUUUCAGGACUUGGGACAAGGAUUGUCCAAUAAAAUGCUCCAUUCCCCAAAGUCAACUUGUUCAAGAUGAACAGACCUCGAACAUGUCCCUUUGUACGACUAAACAGGAUUCGGAUUGCUCCAGAGAUCACUUGUACAAAAAUGUUAUCACACACAUCUUCAAAGCAAGUGAAUCAUGUCCCAAAGAUUGCUCCACAAGCAAGUACCAAAUCAAAGCCCGAGAAGCUAUGUCUAACUUGAAAACGUCCAACACCACUAAAAUAUAUUUCUAUUGGGAGGAUAUUAAUUACACGCAAGAGGACGAAUAUCUCAUAUUUGAUUUAGGGACCAUAAUAGGCACUGUGGGUGGAAGUUUGGGACUCUUUCUUGGGUUCUCCUGUCGAGGAGUCAUUGAUCUAAUGCUUGACAUGAUAUGGGUUCUACACACGCGGUUUGGACAGAAAGGAUCUAUAAAUGUGAACACGUGAACGACCACAUUCAAAAUUGAGGAUGAAAUGAAAGCCGUGUAUAAAAUUAGUGUAUUUGUAAUCUAAAUUGUUCGUCACAUAAACA